UGGCGUUCCGGAGAAAGCAACCAGUAAGAGCCCAGCUUCCUACCCGGGCUAAACACCACUACCAUGCCAUCGACGGAAAGCGGUACGGGUGCGGAGUGCUUUGCGUGGUUUGCUUCGACCUUCUUCGUCAACCGAAGCACGCAGGGUCUCAGCCGGAAAGUAGCGCCCGGUGUGGACCAUAUAUAGAGGUUAACCCCCCUCGUAUUCUGACAUCCGAGAGUCGGAAACUAGGAACGUACAAACUUGAUAUCUCGGUCCCUGCCACCGUGAACAUUCGUCUACCAUGUCGUCCUCGUCCAUGAACCGAUACUGGAUUCCACAAUUGGACAUCCACAAGAAGGUUAUCACCCAGGAGCUUCAGUACUAUCUCGGUCCCGAGGCGACCGUGAGGUCGUUUACUCGUGAUGGAGAAGAUGGCUUCUUGAUAACCACACCAGGGCCUUGCCUGACAGAUGAGCAAAUAGACGACAUUUGUGUUAAGUCCAAAGAGAUGUGGGAGAAGCAGGCUGCGGCACGGUCAUCCGGCGCAUCGACCAAAGUCCUCAAGCGGCCACUCCAUCAACCCGUGGUCAUGUCGAAGGCUGGGGGGAGUGAUUCGGCGAGACGGAGGCGGGAGAACCGGAGGCGCAACGAGUCGAGGAGCCGACGUGACGAGAGACGGCAAAACUGAUUUGAGAUACCCCGGUGGAAGCCCAGCCUGACUCGUGGUGUGCUGGUAACGCGCGGCCCAGGACGGGGAGCUUGCAGGAGCUUUGUCAUGCGAGGGAGAGGUCGGGCUGCUUUAGCCACCCCACGGACUCGGCCAAUGUCGAAGUCGGCAAAAGAGACUAUGAAGGUACGAUUCGCGGACGAAGCAUUCGACGUUGGCCGACGAGGACGCACGCGGUAGGAUCAGACUGUGGCACGGCGGCCAGGGGGUUUCGGGUUCGGACCAGCAAUGUUGUGCCAUCUGGCAAGCGGCAGCUCUAAUGGACAUGAAAUUUCCCCCCAGUUUUAGGCGGAGCACUGCAUGCGGGUGUCACAUU